CAGGGUGUGAAUAGGUUUAUACAGCUUGCAGAUGAUAGUGAUGAAGUUCUGAACCUGCAGGGCAAGUCGUAUGGUGCAUUCAAGCUCUCAGCUGAGGAAUGGAAGAAGUUAGAGUUGAUGCAUAAUGUGCUUCAGUUUGCUGACUUUUCAACUUCCAUUGACUCUGGCAUCAACAAUCUUUGCAAGUGGUACCACAAGAUCGAUGAAACCAAUGUCUAUUUCAUUUGUCUCAUGCUUGACCCCAACUACAAGAUUGCAUAUGUGAAGAGUAAAUGGGAGCCCUGUGACUUUGACAAGGGCAUGAGAUGCCUACAGAUUGUUUUUGACAAAUAC